GUUCUUACCGUCUCUUCCACAGAAGAGUAACCUACAUCUGCAAUACACAGCCAUCCCAAACAAGGCGUCUGCAAACAUGACUGGCAGGAAGUUUUUCGUCGGUGGUAACUGGAAAUUGAAUGGCGAUAAGAAGAGCAUCGAAGAGCUCGCCAAAACACUGAAUAGCGCCAAACUUGACCCAGAGACCGAUGUUGUGUGUGGUGCCCCGACCAUCUACCUUGACUUUGCCAGGUCCAAGCUGGACACGAAGAUUCACGUGGCCGCACAAAACUGCUACAAGGUGGCAAAGGGUGCCUUCACUGGAGAGAUCAGCCCUGCAAUGAUUAAGGACUGUGGAGUGAGUUGGGUGAUUCUGGGACAUUCUGAGAGGCGCCAUGUGUUUGGAGAGAGUGAUGAGCUCAUUGGUCAGAAGGUUGCUCAUGCUCUUGAGAGUGGUUUGGGUGUGAUUGCCUGCAUCGGUGAGAAGCUGGAUGAGAGGGAGGCUGGAAUCACUGAGAAAGUUGUUUUUGCACAGACCAAAGUCAUCGCAGAUAAUGUUAAAGAUUGGAGCAAAGUCGUUCUCGCUUAUGAGCCUGUGUGGGCCAUUGGCACUGGAAAAACUGCAUCUCCCCAACAGGCUCAGGAGGUGCAUGACAAACUCAGGCAGUGGAUAAAGACCAAUGUCUCAGAGGCUGUCGCCAGCUCUGUCAGGAUUAUCUAUGGAGGGUCAGUCACCGGGGGAACCUGCAAGGAGCUGGCCUCUCAGAAAGAUGUGGAUGGCUUCCUGGUGGGCGGCGCUUCCCUGAAACCCGAGUUUAUCGACAUUAUUAACGCAAAUGCAUAAAGAGCUAAAGCCAUUAUCAACCUAAACCCUACGUCUUUUGUUAUAUCCCCAGCACUUUAGAAAGUGUUAUUGUGAAUUUGUUGCUGUCAUUUUCUUUUUGUAUUGUUAUUCUAAAGGGACAGGUUAACAAGAUAACACUCUGAAAUAUAAGUAGUACACUUAAUUGAACAUGUUUCACACCAAUUGUAGUGGAAUACAGAACUGAAUGAACCAUGUCGGGCAUAGAGCCCAUGCCUUUACUUGAAACAUUUAACAACAUUCAUGUGUGUACAAUAUAAACAAUCUAAGAAGUCUAUCAACCUAAGUGUAUUUUUAAUCCAAGUGAAACUACUCUACAUAAUUGUGGUUAUCCCAAUGUUUUUGUGUUCCUUUAGAGUUUAAUGCAUACUGUGAGAGACCUGUCCUGAAGGAGGUGCUUAUUGUAUGUAUUUACUAGUAUCAUAACACAAAGGAUAAGGCAAAACUAUUCAAAUAAAUGUUUCAGUUGUGUAGACGUA